GAUCAACCAACUAUGAACGCAGGACAGAUUUACUUAAUUCUAGAAUUGAGUUCAGGUGUGGAGGCCGCACAAAAUCCUUCAGAGGGCCUCAAAUGGCCCCCGGGCCGCAAAUUUCCCACUUCUGGCCUCGUUUUUUUAUACAAAUAUCUUGAAAUAUGACAAAACUAACUCAUGUAACUUUUCAGCAAGAUAUAAAAGCUUGUUUUAAGUCAAUAAUUCAUUAAUAUUGAUGAAAAUGUUUUAAGUAAAUAAUAGUUCAAUAUUGACAGAGUAGUAUUAGUUCUACAUUUUUUCCAUUUUAUAAGUGAAAUAAUUUGCAGGUGGAGCUAGAACUUUAUCAUUAACAUCAAGGACUUUUUGACUUAAAACAAUCUCCUAUAUCUUGCUGAAAAGUUACUUGUUCGUUAGUUUUGUCUUAUUUUAAGCGUACUAAGAAACUAGACAAAAAAAACCAGUGAGAUUUUGUGUUUUUGCAGUGCAUUCAUCUUUUAGGAAGGGGAACUUCAGUCUCAAUCCUUUUGCAGAAUCUAACAAGGUUUCUUUCACCAUUUUUUUAAUUUAUCUGUCUCUUCCUCCUCUGCCACAAAAACCAGAUUUAUGAUGUGCAUGAAAAGUGAAUUUAAAAGUAAUGUAACACUUUGUGUUGGUCUAUACCAUAAAUCUCUGAUAAGUGCUUUAAAGUUUGCGGUUGUAAUGUGACAAAAUGUGAAACAGAAGAUAUCAAGGCUUUCGUAAAGCACUGCACACAAGCACAAAGAGGGAUUAGUUAGUCAUUUUCUGCUGCAAAACUUUAAUGACAGAAAGUCAAACUGUAUUAUAAACAAAGGGGACAGAAAAGUGAUGUUUGUUUAUAAAUUAUAAGCGUUUUUUUAAACAGCAGAGGGCUUGCUGGAAAUGACACUGUUUACAUUUUGCUCUCCGUUUCCCCCUGGGUCAGUUUCCCAAGGUGUCAGAUUCUUCGUCUCUCUGCAGGAUCUGAUGCUUCUGUAGUAAAUGUGUUGAACAAAGUGAAGGAAUAUGUUUGUUGCUGGGUGGUCAGAGUGGGAAUAAAGCACUUAAAUCAGCUUGGAGUACUACAGUAAUACACACCGGAAGUGCCAGAUUUCUUAAAAAUUUUAACUUCCCAAAGUGACCACUCUCUGGCGUCGGAUGUUUUUCCACGCAUUUGUAUUUAUUUGAAUGUAUUUGAAGUUGAUAUCUGGGUUUUUAUUUGUAUGUCCGAAUCAUGACUACUAAUGCCUUCAUACAGCUCACAGUGCAUGUAUUUUUACCUCAGAAUCACAAAGCAAGAACUUCAUUUGAGGGUAAGUUUGGAAACUGCUUAUACAUGCAAAAGUACAUGCUGUUUUCUUCUGAUUUGUCACUGCAAAUAAAGAGUUUUUUUGUGAGCCUGUGCAGUUUCUUGUAUAAAUCACUGGAAGCAUUAAUGGUAAGAUCUGACUUUGUUAUUACAAAGGUACAUAUGUGUUGUCUUUUGCAAAUAAAAGCAAAGUUUCAAUAGGAAUUCUUUGUGACUUAUUCAUCAGGACGGUCCAAGCCUGCUGUUCCCGGGAGGCAAGCGGCAGCAGCAGCCUCUUACUCCUUCCCUCUGUAAUUACAGGGUGUUGUUGGCCAAACGUUAUUUAUACUAUUUUAAUAAGCUGAGCAGAGCUUACAUGUGAAUUUGGAUGUGUAGGAGUUCAUUAUGGCUUUCUUGAUUGUCUCUUAGUACUCAGUGACCUGUCCUGUUAUUUCCAGCUCUGUUUGUGUGUUUAUAUUGAAAGCAGCAUGAGGGAGAGAAUGGCUGGAUUCAGUUUGAUCUGGCCUGUGACUUUAAGGCUGCUUUUGCAGGAUUUGCAUGUCUCUUCUCAUUUGCUGGUAGAAAUCUUGAGCUUGCGUCGGAUUGGUUCCAGUUCUGGUGUUUCACUUCCCCUUUCCCUGCUUGGUUUCCCUCCCUGUUUCAGUCAGAUCAUGAGACUUCUGGUGUCUUUAGCAAACCACAGAUUAGAACCUGUUGAAGGUUUUACAGUAGCCAUGAGGUUCUGUGAGGUGCUGCUCCUCUUUGGUCUGCUCAGACUAACUUCAGGGCUGCCUGUUGCCUCGCCUUUCAGCCAGGCGCCGUUUCUCACUGUGUGGAACGCCCCCACAGAGAACUGCCUCUCCCAGUACGGCGUGGAUCUUGACCUGGGGAUGUUUAGCAUCGUCCAGAACCAAAAUCAAACCUUCAUAGGUGAAAACGUCACUAUUUUCUAUGCUGACAAGCUGGGUCUGUACCCUCGGUACUCAGCCCAGGGCGAGGCCAUCAACGGCGGGGUUCCUCAGAACAGCAGCCUAGACGCUCACCUCCGACUCGCAAGCGAAGAUAUCCGCUACUACAUCCCUGACAGAGACUUCCAGGGCCUGGCGGUGGUGGACUGGGAGAGCUGGCGGCCAGUGUGGGAGAGAAACUGGGACAGUAAACAAGUGUACAAGGAGGGGUCAAAAGCCCUGGUGAGGGCCAGGCAUCCAGACUGGAGUCCUGCUCAGGUGGAGGCAGCGGCUCGGCGGAAGUUUGAGCAAUCUGGGAGGAAAUUCAUGGAGGAAACACAGAAACUGGGGCAGAAAAUGAGGCCAAGUGGCUUGUGGGGGUUUUAUGGAUUUCCCAAUUGCUACAACUAUUACAACGACAGGAGCGUAAACUACACAGGUGAGUGUCCAGAUGUGGAGCUGAGCAGGAACGAUGAGCUGUUCUGGAUGUGGAACGCCUCCUCCGCUCUGUACCCUGACAUCUACCUGAGCCUGGACCUGCGAGGCCUCGGCAAAGAGGUGCUGCUCUACGCUCAUCACCGCAUCCUGGAGGCCAUGAGGGCGGCAGAUCAGGUGACCCCGUCGCAGCUGCCCGUCUUCCCCUACGCCCGCAUCGUCUACACCUACACAUUAGAGUUCCUCUCCAAGGAGCAUCUGGUCCACACUGUAGGAGAGAGCGCUGCUUUAGGAUCUGCUGGGGUCGUGCUGUGGGGGGACCAUGCAUUCGAUAAAUCUAAGGCUACAUGUGAAGCAGUCAAGUCCUACAUCGACGAGACUUUAGGUCCCUACGUGGUCAACGUGACCUCAGCUGCCACGCUCUGCAGCCAGGCUUUGUGCUCCUCUCAGGGACGGUGUCAGAGGUCGGACCUGAAGUCGGGCGCCUACCUCCAGCUCGACCCUGCAGCCUGGAAGAUCCUGUCUGAGAAGAAACCGGCAGGAGGGACAAACUACAGGGUUUUAGGGCAGAUGGACGCACAAAGUGUGCUGCAGAUGAAGUCUGACUUCCACUGCAGGUGUUAUCCUGGGUGGGAAGGGAGGGACUGCUCCACGCCAGUUUAGAGAUUACAAUAGUUUUAAAUAAUAAGAGGGGGAAGUGAAAGCCAGAGUCUUUCUGAGAGGAGUUUGCUUGUUGCUCGUUUCAUCAGUUUCCUCUCAGAACCCAAAGAUGUGCCUUUUAGCAGUAUUUGCUUUUAGGUGUCAGUGUCUCUGUCGUUGUUCUGUGAUGGAUUUGCAAUUCCUAAUCAGGACCAAAUGGGUUUUGAAGAUGGAUGAAUGGACUGAGUUGAUUGAUUCUUGCUCAUUUCAAAACAGCUAUAUUUUUGGAAAUCAUGACUCAUUGUUUGUAUCUGUGUUUUGUUUUACAGUAUUGUCAGUAUGCACUGAUAUGGAUGUGUCUCUGUGUGUUUUUUUUUUACAUAAACCACUAAUUUGUUUUGGUGUCUGCCUACUUAAUCAAAUCCUUCUGCAAACUGCACAGAUCCUAUUAGUUUUCCAGGCAGACAGUAUUUAGAACACAAUGGCACGAGUUGUAAAAUGAACUCCCAAGUGGAAAAUUUGUUGUUUUGAUUUAAUGUUUUUGUAAAGGUGGUUUCAAAUCUUCACAUACAUCAGAUUGAAGAAAGUCUUUCUGAUAAUUUUAUACCAAAGUUUGAGAUAUGUUGUGAAUUGUUCAAUAUGUUCAGCUCCCUCCAUAACUACUGGAACCCUGGUAAAGAUUUUUUUUUUUUUACAACUUUUUAAAUAUUAUUCUAACUCUAAACUUAUGUAAGUUUCAGCAAGUAGCAAUUUUCUUGUAAUUAUUACCUGACUUGUGAGGAUAUUACAUACAUCUGCCUUUAUUAAAGAGGAUAUUUUAUUGUUUUUCC